GUUAUAGAAGGCGUAUUUUCAAAAUAUUGUUCAGCUUAUAUAAAAAGUUUACCACAACACAGCUUCACUUUGCUAUAAUCCACUGUUAGUGCUCCGCAAAAAAUAAGUCAUCAAAAUUAUAUCUGCAUGUGGGUUCAGUACUGAUGCUGACCAAGUUACUGUCAAUAGUCUAUUUUGUAAUACUGUCUUAAGUCCUACUUAUUAUGUUCUAUUAAACUGUGUUAUUAUUCCUUUUAGAUUAUCUUUACUGGCUAUUUUUAGUUUCAUAUGUGUUAUGUCCGAAUCACUGAAUCAGUUGGCUAAAUCAGCAGCUUUUCUAAUACUUCAUGAAAAUCUUGAGCGCUGGGCUUCUUCAUACCAGAAGAACACUUGCGACGAAAAUGUGGCGAUGGGUUGUGAGAUUAUUGAGCUGAAUGCAAGGAUACAGAAUCAGCUCUUUCGCUUGAUAACUAUUUGCGCAGCGGAAGGUGGACUUUAUGGAGGUGCCAGUGCGAUUAAGCUUAGACUUUUACCACUUCUUGGUUCCGGUACUGUAUUCUCUGGUUUCACUGUUGGACCACAAACAUCGAUUCCUCAUGUGUUUUCUCCUAAACCAUAUGAAUCCAACUUUUCAAAAUAUUCCAGAUUAAAUAUUGAAGAUAAGAGUGAAUUUGAUCCAGUUGAAACACGUCAUGAAAAUAACCGAUUGCGAGACCAGAUACUUUCACUGGAAGGGGAAAAUGAACGUCUUAAAUCUCAGAUAUGUUACCCAACUCAUAAUGAAUAUGAUCUGAGUCGAAAUAAUUAUGGAUCAUUAAAGAACCUUCCAACUUCUGCAAAAAUGUACACAGAACUGGAUGUUGGCCCACUAUCCUUAUCUGCUCCAGCAGAUUUAAAACCGUCUAUGCUAACUGGUGUAAGUCCAUUGAGCCCAAAUGAUCCAAUUCAAAGAUACAGACAACAAAUUUUGGUAAUGCGUUUCAAUGAAUUAUUUUCGUUGCAUCGAAUUGAAGCAAUGGGCAUGUUAAGGCGCUAUAUAGAUGAUUAUGAAGCUAAUCAAAAGAUCAUAUUCUAUGCUGUAUUGGAAUCAUUUUCUGUGGCCAAAUCGCAUUUUCGAACGUACCGAAAUCGUGUACGCAAACAAAUUGCAACAAAUAAUAUAAUUACAACAGAAACAUUAGAUGAAUUAGUACAGUCAUACAUAAAUAUUCAUGCCAGUCAUUCAGUUGACAUAUCACUGCUUGUUAAAGAUGUGUGCUUAGCUAUGGAACGUCGUGUCCCCCGGGUACGUCGUCCAUCACAUAAUCUUGGCUUUGAAAUGAUUAAAGACUUUCUACAUGAAACAUGCAAACUUGCCUGGGAGUGUGCUGCGCUGAGUCAUCCACUUGAUGUUAGCAGACCAGUGUGUGAAAAUGAACUGAUUGAUGAAACAAAGUAUAGACGUAGUCACGAUUCAUCGUAUCCAACAUUACUAAUUCAUCAUCACAUAUGGCCAUGUUUAAUGCAGGGAGAACGGAUACUUGUGAAAGGAGAAGUUUGUACCAGAGGAACCUCUAACUCUUAUGGUUUCGAAGUAAUGUCAUCAGACAACCGAAGAGUACCAGACCGUUGUCGUAAUCGUUUGUACUCUCGUUCAUGUUCGCCAGUACGUCCAACUACAUCUCCAGGUGAUAGAGAGGUCGAUCGAGGGUGACAUUUAGUGCACGAAAGCGUCUUCAUCUCAAAAGAAUACGAAAUCUGAAAUGACUUAAUUUUAUAUUUCCAUUGUCAAAUUAAAAAUUCAAUAAACUAACUAAAUCUACAUUUUCCCAAAAAGAAUUAAAGCUAAUUAACAUUUAGUAAGGCAAUUUAAUGAAGUAUAUUUCCUCUCAUGCCGGUUUUGUUUAUUACCUUUCUUUAAGCUUUGCAUUUAAAAAAGAAUGAACAUAAUAUUUAUUACCUAACCUAAAAAUUAAUCUUUGAUACAUAUUAUUGAUCUACUUUGUGUUAUCAUAUACUGUUCAAAUGAUUGACUUGUAAGUGCUACAUCUUUGAAUAAUAUUUACUGACAAGUAUCUACUACGUUACAUACGUGUUUGCCACUAGUAAAGCUUACAGUAGCCAUUACUCUGGCAUAAUGCUUAAGCUGACCUAUUUCAAUAAAAAUGUCGUACAAUGCCGAUAGGGAAGUUUGCUCCCCCAUUUCUUUACCAUACCAGUUUACCCAUUCAUGAAAAGCAGGAACACCCAACUUAUUACCAUGAUGAGGAAUAGCGCUGUUAUCACAG